AUGGCGCCAAUUAUACAGACAAGUGCGGGACUUCAUGCGGAGCGUGUCAAGAAACAGGUGCUCGAGCAAUCAGCAGAAGAGAUAGCCAACCAGAAAGUACUACAACAUUAUGUCAAGACAGUGUACUUUAAUGAUCUAUGGGUAUCGUUCUUAAGUAAAAUGUCGGCUCUUGUGGGACUCAUGAGUUUCGUGCAAGUGCAGCGCAUGCGCUCCAGUCCACGUGGUCUCAGCUUCAUUGCAGGCUUUGAAGCAUUGUCCGUGCUUAUUGGAGCUAGUACGGUACUCUUUAUCCAACGAUGGAGUAACCCGCUGCUGGCAUUCAAGGUGGCGUUCGCUUUCUCGUUGCUCCAAGGUUUUUGGUUUAUGGCCAGCUAUUCUUCGCGCUUCAUGGCGUUGCCACGCCAGGCGGGCGAUUUAUUGACCGAGCAAAUUCCCUUUGGUCUUAUCUACUUUGUAGUUUGUUGGAUCUCGGACCGUUACAUGAUGCGUACCCAAGGCAUUGCCAAGCAGACGGCUCAAGACCUUCGCGCUGUACUCAAGGGCAAAUACAGGGAGGACCCCACCUGGGCAGACGUGGUCAAAGUGCCACAAGAUGACGGCCCAGAUCCCAUUGUAAGCAUUAAUUAUUCCGAGACUUUUACGGACGUGAUGGAUUGUUUCCGUGGUGUUCUCAAGACGAACGAAUAUAGUGAGCGUGUAUUGGCAUUAACACUGGACGUAAUCAAAGAAAAUCCGGCUAAUUACACGGUCUGGUACUAUCGUCGACGUGUGCUGGAGGCAUUAGGCUCGGAUCUACGUGCAGAGCUCCAAUUUACGGCCGAUAUGGCUCUUGAGCAUCCCAAGAAUUACCAAAUCUGGAAAUAUCGUCGGGAUAUCUGCACUAUGAUGCACGAUGGUAGUGCAGAAAAGGAGUUCUGUGCCAUGUCCUUUGAUGUCGACUCUAAAAAUUACCACGCUUGGGCACACCGUCAAUGGGUGGUCAAAACAUUCUGUCUUUGGGAUGGAGAGCUCGAGUUUGUGGACAAAAUGCUCCUUGAGGACGUCCGGAAUAAUUCGGCGUGGAACCACCGCUGGUUUGUGGUAACCAAUACGGUAGGACUUGAUACUAUGGAGGAUCGCCAGCGUGAAGUUGGCUACACGUUUGAGAAGAUUGCAAUGGCUGUGCACAAUGAAAGUCCAUGGAAUUACCUCCGCGGUCUCGUUCGGGGCCAUGAAGUUACCUUUGCUGCACACCUGAAGGAAAAAUUGCAGCAGAUUCUGGUAACGUCGCCAGACUGCAUCUUUGCGGCGGCGUUACUGGUGGAUCUGUACGCGAAAGAAGGCACAGAAGAUGCUCUUGAAUCAGCUAGCACGCUCCUGGAGACGCUGAUGAACGAUACAGACUGCGUGAGGAAGGCGUACUGGCAAUUCCGUCUUUCUACGCUCAAGCGACGCGAGUAG